AUGUCUCGCCUCUACGUCCUCAACCACACCUGCGGCCACCAGAUGUUCAUCUCCCGCGACCACUUCUUCGCGACCCACAGCUCAGCAACCCGACUCGUAGCAUUAACAAACUCAACAACCCACCCCCCAACCCCCAUAAGCCCGGGCACGAUCUGCAAACCAUGUACUCUGAAUCCCGUAACCUACCUCUGGCCCUACGAGCUGGCCCAAGAUAUCGAGCUCUCCUCCAUCGAGAUCCUAGCUGCAUCUAUCAUCACAGACGCGAUCAAGAGAACUAUGCACACAGCUAUGAUGGAGGUCAGGAACUCUCGCGCUAUGCCAGAUCGGGUGGCAGCGCCUACGCUCGAGUAUCUGCGAAGCACGUACAGAGAUAUAGAGAUCACGCUGCGAAGUAAGAUGGAUGAUUGGUCACCCGCGGCCCGAAGACGGGUGUACUGGCUCGAAAGACUCGCACAUGUGGUGAAGCCGCAGCCUGUGCAUUGUUGUACGGAGGUGCUGAAGAAACUUCUGGCACGGGUUGGUGAGGAGAUUGAUUAUAAUCUUAUUGAACUGCAAGACGGGGAGUUUGUUACGGACAUCGAUGAGAUUCCACGGAUUCGUGAAUCGCUUGCUAUAUCAGCUCCAGAUGCUGGCAGGACGCAAAUCAUGACUCCAGUUCCUUCGGAGGGAAUGACUAAGACGCACCAGUGUCUGAUAUGUCACGUUCAUAUUGGUGAGCGUGAUGCCGAUGAGACCGAGCAGAUAGAAAGCCCUUCCCGACUGCCAUGUGGCCAUGUUUUUGGGAGUGCGUGUCUGGAAGUAUGGCUUGCCGAUCAUGAAACUUGUCCUGUGUGUCGUAGAAAGUUCAGUAGACUCGUGUAUCAAUGGCCUGGUCAGAAUCCACAACAAUGGCGGGAACCGAAGUGGAUUCGGAUUAUGAGAGGGGAGAACUGA